AUGGAUUUUGAUGAUUCUUGGGCUCUUGAUUAUCCUCCACAAGAAGUAUACACGCAGUCACAGCCGCACAGACUAGAGGGCUUUCUGGGCCGGGCCGCAUAUGAAAACCGCAAUCAGUUUACGGCCCCCUCUGCAACUUUUUCGGGCCCACGAGUGAACAGAAACUACUCGUCCAUAGUCAGCGAGGGCUCUUUGAUUCUUGAUGCUCGAGAAGUAGAGGAAAGAGGAGAUGAAGGGCUGUGUGAAGAGAUUAUCAGUAAGAAUCUGAAACUGAAAGAAGUUCAGUUUACUGAAGAUGAUGAUCCCAAUAAGAUAUGUGUGGUGUGCCAGGAUUGUCUGUUACGAGACCAUGAUAAGAUUGCUGGUCUCGAUUGCGGGCAUGAUUUCCACGCGAGAUGCAUAGCGAAGUGGUUGAUGCGCAAGAAUAGUUGCCCCCUCUGCAAAGCCCCAGGGAUCCGCCUGUAA